GUAGUAAAUGUGAGUAUUAAAUCAAUAUUUUGUUAGUAAAUUUAAAUCACAUCUCAAACCAAAAAAAAAUCUCUACAUCUAGUUGCAAUAAAUAACCCAUAUAGAACUAACAGCAAUAAGUAAUAUGUCUCAACCACAACGUCCUAGAAGAGUAGUGUCAUCUACUGUUAACACUCCAACUGCAAUCCAUAUAAGUUCCGUCAAAUCAAUAGACAAUUCUGAAGCUGAGAGAUUAUUAACUGAAUUCAUAACUGCUAGUGAAGUAUCUAUAACAACCCUUCCAGGAAGUGCAGCUGAUGCUAAUAUUGAUUCUACUUCAGGAAUAUCAAAUAGUGCUGGUGGUAAUGUUAUAAUAAGUCAAUUACUGAGGGUUCAAAGAGAUUUAAGAGGAUUACCUCCUUUAGCUGUGGAAAGUUUCCCAAAGCCAACUGAAAAUUCAACUUUAAAUAGUAGUGAUAAACCUGCUUUAAAUAAGAAGAUAAAGUUCAGCGAUAGUGAAGAAUCUGAGGAUAAAUCUGAAAUAUAAGAAAGGGUAUGAAUUAAAUGAAAAUAAACAAUAGAGAUGGUUCAUAAUAAUAGAAGAUUAUAAUUACUGGUAUUUAAUCGUACAUUUGAGUUAGACAAACAUUGAUAAGACAGAUCUACCACUCUAACUUUUUUCAGCAAAGACCUAGACUCUUUUUCUAUAGCAAUAUGUAUAAAUAAGUAAGUAGACGUAACUUUCC